AGAAAGCACCGCGGAGGGUCUACAUCCGGAAACCUAUAGAAUUCAGGGUUAGUGGGUCAUUUACGGACGACAGUUUUCCAGACGCCGGCGACGUGGUUUAUCUAACAAGUUCAGGAAUUAAAAUCAUCAUGCUGCUGCGUAAAGUGAGCAAAUCCUCUGCGUUGUGCUGCUCCCUCCUCAGAAACCCUUCAUCUCUGCCCGGAGGUCAGUUUCAGGCCGGUGCUGUCAUAGCUGCACAAAACGCCCGUCAGUACGCAAGUCAAACCGCAGAGGCGGUUUUGGAGAAACCUGCAGAUGUUGGAGCUGUUUCUGCCACCAAGGUGGAGAAGAAGGCUGUCCCUGUUGCCGAAUCCAAAUCCUUUGCUCUGAGUAUUUUCCGAGGGCAGGUCGCCACAGCCCAGGUGUUUCCCUACCCCUCAGUCCUGAACGACGAGCAGGAGGAGUUUCUUCGGGAGCUCGUAGGGCCCUGCUCCAAAUUCUUCGAGGAGGUGAACGAUCCGGCCAAGAACGAUGCCCUGGAGAAGGUGGAGGACCACACCAUGGAAGGCCUGAAGGAGAUGGGGGCCUUCGGUCUGCAGGUGCCAGCUGAGCUGGGCGGGGUCGGCCUCACCAACACACAGUAUGCCAGGCUGGUGGAGAUUGUUGGCAGCCAUGACCUGGGCGUCGGCAUCACCCUGGGUGCCCACCAGUUCGGCUUCAAAGGAAUCACCCUGUUUGGAACCCCGGCCCAGAAGGAGAAGUACCUGCCAAAGCUCGCCUCAGGUGAGCAUAUCGCCGCUUACUGCCUGACUGAACCAACCAGCGGUUCAGACGCUGCCUCGAUCAGAACCACGGCUGUGCCAUCUCCAUGUGGUCAGUACUUCACCCUCAACGGCGGCAAACUGUGGAUCAGUAAUGGCGGCCUGGCUGAAAUCUUCACUGUGUUUGCUAAGACGCCGAUGAAGGACCCUAAAACCGAGAUGAAAGAUAAGAUCACAGCAUUCAUCGUGGAGAGGAGCUUUGGUGGAGUGACCAACGGUCCUCCAGAGAAGAAGAUGGGCAUCAAGGCUUCCAACACAGCUGAGGUGUACUUUGAUAAUGUUCGCGUGCCAGCCGACUGCGUGCUUGGCGAGGUGGGCGGCGGCUUCAAAGUGGCCAUGAACAUCCUGAAUAACGGUCGCUUCGGAAUGGCCGCUGCCCUCUCCGGCACCAUGAAGGGAGUCAUUGCCAAAGCGGUCGACCACGCAGCAAACAGAACCCAGUUCGGCAACAAGAUCCACACAUAUGGAGUGAUCCAGGAGAAGCUGGCCCGAAUGGUCAUGCUGCAGUACGUCACGGAGUCUAUGGCCUAUAUGAUCAGCGGCAACAUGGACAGCGGAGCAACGGAAUUCCAGAACGAAGCUGCCAUCAGCAAGAUCUUUGCCUCCGAGGCGGCGUGGACAGUGACUGACGAGUGUAUCCAGGUUCUGGGCGGUAUGGGAUUCAUGAAGGAUACCGGAGUAGAGAGAGUGAUGAGGGACCUGAGAAUUUUCCGGAUCUUUGAGGGUGCCAACGACAUCCUCAGGCUCUUCGUGGCCCUCAACGGCUUCCAGAAUGCAGGUAUCCAGCUGAAGAGCCUGCAGAAAGCCCUGAAGAACCCACUGGGCAACGCCAGCCUCCUCGCAGGAGAAAUCACCAAGAGAGCCAAAAGGAAGGCAGGGAUGAGCACAGGUCUGACUCUGCAGGGAUCGGUCCAUCCUGAACUGGCUCACAGCGGGGAACUGACGGUUAAAGCCAUUGAACAGUUCGGCACAGUCGUCGAGGAGCUGCUGAUCAAACACGGCAAGAAGAUCAUCGGUAACAGUUUUGUCCUGAAGAGAGUGGCCGACUGUGCCAUCGACCUGUACGCCAUGGUGGUCGUCCUUUCCAGGGCUUCUCGCUCUCUGAGUCAGGGCCUUCCAUCAGCUCAGCAUGAGAAGAUGAUGUGUGAAACCUGGUGCACUGAGGCCUACGAUCGUGUCAUGAGAGACGUCAAGAGUCUGCAUUCAGGCCAAACCAGACAGGUCUUCAAGAACCUGAAGACCAUCUCCUCAGCCGUGGUGGAGAACGGAGGCGUGGUCGCUCCUCACCCCCCUCGGCUUCUAAACCCCCCCCCUCACCAAUUUUUCUUCUUUAUUUCCACUUCUUCUUCUUCUGUGGCCAAGUUCAUUUAUGCCAAGGAACAUCUUGAUCAGAUCAGGAAACGAGUUGCAUUCAACUUGGUGAUGAAGCGUUUUACUAUGAAAUCGCCAUGUUCAUCUCACCGCGUUAUCUCGAUUGUAUCAGUUUGUGCUUUUACUUCCCCCUCGUAUUUAUUCAUUCGUUCUUUAUUUAACCUUCAUUACCACAUGGCUCGAAUCAUCACAAAGAAAAAUUGUGAAAACCACAAAUGAUGCCCAGUGGUGAAGACGAUGUAAAAUAUUUGGUUGAAACCUUCGCACUUGAAAUGCAUCUUUACAUCUAUCGCGGCUGCAUCUGAUGAACUGACUUCCUAUCUGGUACAACAUUUAUAAGAAAUGCAGAUUUUUCUCCUUGUUUCUUCCUUUAAUUUCUCCACCGAGCAUAAAGUCAACAAUAUCAAUGCAACUUUGAAACAAGAGGUUUGGUAAUGUAAGUUCAAGAUGAUUUUUAGACUGAAAAAGCAGUUUAUCUUUUAGCUUGUACACUUAACCCUGCUUGAUUGGGGUUUUUUUUUUUUUGGAGAUGAUUACGGUAAUGUAUAUAUUCAGUGCUUUGGAUGUACUCACUGCCUUUGUGCAUGUUAAAUUCACUCGGUGCUCAUCACACAAACAUUAACGUCAGGAGGAAACCUUUGCCUUAGAUGCCGUUCAGACAGACUUAUUGUACAUAGAGUUUAUCUUAAAGUCAUGAUAUUACGAGUGUUUUUAAUCUGUAGUGGAUCAUUUAAAGGUGUUGGUGGUUCUUCUGUGAAUUAUAUUCCCGACCUAUAAUGUGCAGAUAAUAACAGAUGAUAUAAUUGUGUCCUUUUUUUUUUUUAAUCCCCAAAACAUGUCUCAGUUGUUUUGAGUCCAGUAUUUGUUCAGAUUUUAUUACCUCAGUAACAAAACACUGUCCACGUCUCUGACUAGCGAGUGCCAGCGAAAACAUAUCGCGUUUUUAAUUUAUUUCCAUCACUUGUUUGUGUUUCUUGCCUGAGUUGCAGUGCAUCUGUUGCCUUUAAGUCCACAUUCUCAAUAACCUGUGAAUGUAGCUGUUAUAGGCUCAAUUACAUCACUUUUCUCUGUCUUUUUGCUUUUGUAACCUAUAGAAAAACAAAUAAACGUCAGCAAAAAAAAUAA